GAGCCUUUCCAGGGCUCUGUGCUCGUGUGGAGGGGGCACACACAAUGACCUUUCCCUCCUCAGGAAGCUCUAAAAGGGAGAGGCCACCCCCAGCGAGCGCCCACCCUGUGCUGAUGGUUUUCAGGGACUUGUUGGCAACUCAGCGAGGGUUGCCAUAGCUUUUUUAUGUAGGGUGACCAGAACCGGCUGAAACUGGUUUGAGGCAGAUCAGCUCCUGAACACAAUGCAGUCACUGAGCUACUACAGUGGGAUAGCAGCUUCCUCCCUUCAUGGCAGCCAAAAGCAGAGGAGCUUGCAGGAAGGUACCAUCCCAACCCAGUAUGUAAAUGCACACUUAGACACCACACAGCACUGGUACGUGACUAUGGAGCCCUAAAAGAGCCUGUGUAGAGAUGAUGGGCGAGAGGUGCAGGUUUGCAGUGGCUGAGACGAGUUGGGCUGUUCCUGCCUUUUGCUUUUGCUUAAGGGAUGGACAAGGAGCUGAGAUUUAUGACCCUUAUUAAAGAAAAAAAAAGUAUGUGUCUUGUUAGGGUGGGGACACUUGGUUUGUGCAGUCUCUCUCUCUCUCUCUCUCUCUCUCUCUCUCUCUCUGUUUUUAAGGAAACAACCAGAAUGAACUGAUGGAUUUGUGAUGGUGGUUUGUUGCUGGAGAAUGCUACUUUGCAUGCCUUUUUCUCUUGCAGGCUAUGUUCUGUUUUGUGCUUUUCCUUUUAGAUGCUACUAAAGGGUGUUGGGGAUUCUUGGGACUAUUAUGAAGGCCAAAAGGCCUGUUGACUGGGGCUGCUUUUAACCCUUUCAUAUUUGCAGAGAAUGCAACCGUGUGACAGUAACUGAGCACUGGUCCAAAGUCUUUUCAAAAGGUCAAGGUUCACAAGAGAGAUCCGACCUUGACAGCUGCAGUUGAGACUUCGCAGAGAAGAGAGCUGGUGACCAGAAGACACUGGCGAGAUGGCCGUGGUACCAGUGCUCUAAUGGGCUGACAUGCUUUAUCACCCUGAACUAAUCGGAAUUAGCCAAACUGGAAACAAAGAGCUGCAAGUGAACAUCUGAUCAAAUUCAUGACCAUGGGGGAUAUGAAGACCCCAGACUUUGAUGACCUCUUGGCAGCAUUUGAUAUACCAGAUAUGGUCGAUCCCAAAGCAGCGAUUGAGUCUGGCCAUGAUGACCACGAAAGCCACAUAAAGCAGAAUGCUCAUGUGGAUGAUGACUCUCACACUCCAUCAUCCUCGGAUGUUGGCGUUAGUGUGAUUGUGAAGAACGUUCGAAACAUCGACUCCUCUGAGGGAGUUGAAAAAGACGGCCACAAUUCCACAGGCAAUGGCUUGCAUAACGGGUUUCUCACAGCAUCCUCUCUUGACAGCUAUGGUAAGGAUGGAUCAAAGUCCUUAAAAGGAGACGCACCUACCUCAGAGGUGACUCUUAAAGACCCAGCCUUCAGCCAGUUCAGCCCUAUCUCCAGCGCUGAAGAGUUUGAUGAUGAUGAGAAGAUAGAGGUGGACGACCCUCCUGAUAAGGAAGACACAAGGUCCAGUUUCAGAGCAAAUGUGUUGGCAGGCUCAGCUUCCCAGCAGGACUACGACAAGCUGAAGUCCCUUGGAGGGGAAAACGCGAGCAAGACUGGGGUCUCUACAUCAGGCCAUGUAGAGAAAAACAAAGUCAAGAGAGAGGCAGAAACAAAUUCCAUAGCCCUGAGUGUUUACGAGCCUUUUAAAAGAAAAGCAGAGGAGAAGUUGAAGGAGAGCUCUGAGAAGACGCUUGAGAACAGGGUCCUUGAUGGGAAGCUGGGCUCUGAGAAGAAUGAUUCCAGCCUUGCUGCUGUCACAUCUUCCAAAGCGAAGUCAUCCUCCAAGCUCUCUUCGUGCAUAGCUGCCAUCGCAGCACUGAGUGCUAAAAAGGCAGCUUCAGAUUCCUGCAAAGAACCUGUGGCCAACUCAAGGGAAGCUUCUCCAUUACCAAAGGAAGUGAAUGACAGUCCCAAACCCGCCGACAAGUCUCCUGAGUCCCAGAAUCUCAUUGAUGGCACCAAGAAAGCCUCCCUGAAGCCAUCGGAUAGUCCCAGGAGUGUGUGCAGUGAGAACAGCAGCAAAGGCUCCCCGUCCUCUCCUGUGGGGUCUACCCCAGCAAUCCCCAAAGUUCGUAUCAAGACCAUUAAGACAUCUUCUGGGGAGAUCAAGAGGACGGUGACCAGAGUGUUGCCAGAAGUGGAUCUGGACGCUGGGAAGAAGCCUUCUGAGCAGGCAGCAUCCGUGAUGGCGUCUGUGACGUCGCUUCUCUCAUCUUCAGCGUCAGCCGCUGUCCUUUCCUCUCCCCCCAGGGCACCUCUGCAAACGGCCAUGGUUACCAGUGCAGUUUCCCCAGCAGAGCUGACCCCCAAACAGGUCACCAUCAAGCCCGUGGCUACUGCUUUCCUUCCUGUGUCUGCUGUCAAGACGGCAGGGUCUCAAGUCAUCAAUCUGAAGCUUGCUAACAACACAACAGUGAAAGCCACAGUCAUAUCUGCUGCCUCUGUUCAGAGUGCCAGCAGCGCCAUCAUCAAAGCUGCCAAUGCCAUCCAGCAGCAAACCGUUGUGGUGCCAGCAUCCAGCCUGGCCAAUGCCAAACUCGUGCCAAAGACUGUGCACCUUGCCAACCUUAACCUUCUGCCUCAGGGUGCCCAGGCCACCUCUGAACUCCGCCAAGUGCUAACCAAACCUCAGCAACAAAUAAAGCAGGCAAUAAUCAAUGCAGCGGCCUCCCAGCCACCUAAAAAAGUGUCCCGAGUCCAGGUGGUAUCAUCCUUGCAGAGUUCUGUGGUGGAAGCCUUCAACAAGGUGCUGAGCAGCGUCAAUCCAGUCCCUGUUUACAUCCCAAACCUCAGUCCUCCCGCCAAUGCAGGGAUCACGUUACCGAUGCGUGGGUAUAAGUGCUUGGAGUGUGGGGACUCCUUCGCCCUGGAAAAGAGCCUGAGCCAGCACUAUGACAGGCGUAGUGUGCGCAUCGAAGUAACGUGCAACCACUGUACAAAGAACCUUGUUUUUUACAACAAAUGCAGCCUCCUUUCCCAUGCCCGAGGGCAUAAGGAGAAAGGAGUGGUGAUGCAGUGCUCCCACUUAAUCCUCAAACCCGUCCCCGCAGACCAGAUGAUAGUUUCUCCGUCUAGCAAUACUACCACCUCCACUCUGCAGAGCUCCGGGGGAGCUGGCACACACACUGUAACCAAAAUCCAGUCUGGCACAACUGGGGCAGUUAUUUCCGCGCCUCCAAGCACACCCGUCAGCCCAGCCAUGCCCCUAGACGAAGAUCCCUCCAAGCUCUGUAGACACAGUCUCAAAUGUCUGGAGUGUAAUGAAGUCUUCCAGGAUGAGACGGCUCUGGCUACGCACUUCCAGCAUGCUGCAGAUACAAGUGGACAAAAGACUUGCACUGUCUGCCAGAUGCUGCUUCCUAACCAGUGCAGUUAUGCUUCACACCAGAGAAUCCAUCAGCACAAAUCUCCCUACACCUGCCCCGAGUGCGGGGCCAUCUGCAGGUCGGUGCACUUCCAGACCCACGUCACCAAGAGCUGUCUGCACUACACACGGAGAGUUGGUUUUCGACAGAACGAACGCACAGGUGCUGACUUCCACCACCAUCUGGGUCACCGUGUGGCGCUAAAUAUUGACUACACCAGUGUGUGCCAUGAGACCAUGGGUCAUGCCUUCUUCGUGUGCCUCUCUCUGUCCUGUGUUGAGAGCAUAUGUGUACAUUGCAAUGUUGUGUACUCUGAUGUGGCCGCACUGAAGUCUCACAUUCAAGGCUCUCACUGUGAAGUCUUCUACAAGUGCCCUAUCUGUCCAAUGGCGUUUAAGUCCGCCCCAAGUACACACUCCCACGCCUACACGCAGCAUCCUGGCAUCAAGAUAGGCGAACCAAAAAUAAUCUAUAAGUGUUCCAUGUGCGACACUGUGUUCACCCUGCAGACCUUGCUGUACCGCCACUUUGACCAGCACAUUGAAAACCAGAAGGUGUCUGUUUUCAAGUGUCCAGACUGUUCUCUUUUAUAUGCACAGAAGCAACUUAUGAUGGACCAUAUCAAGUCUAUGCAUGGAACAUUGAAAAGUAUUGAAGGGCCUCCAAACUUGGGUAUAAAUUUGCCUUUGAGCAUUAAGCCUGCAACUCAAAAUUCAGCAAACCACAGCAAAGAGGAUGCCAAGGCUAUGAAUGGGAAAGAGAAAUUGGAAAAGAAGUCUCCAUCUCCUGCAAAGAAAUCCACAGAAUCUAAGAAGAUGGCCAGUCUCGGGUGGACGUGUUGGGAGUGUGACCGUCUGUUCACACAGAGGGAUGUGUAUCUCUCUCACAUGAGGAAGGAACAUGGGAAGCAAAUGAAGAAGCACCCUUGCCGCCAGUGUGACAAGUCCUUCAGCUCCUCCCACAGCCUGUGCCGCCACAAUCGCAUCAAGCACAAAGGCAUCAGGAAAGUGUAUGCCUGCUCACACUGCCCGGACUCCCGGCGGACGUUCACCAAGCGGCUGAUGCUGGAGAAGCACAUACAGCUGAUGCACGGCAUCAAGGACCCCGACGUGAAAGAACUGACUGAAGGUUCCAACGAGGAGGAAACCGAAACCGAGAUAAAGGAAGACGCCAAGGCUCCCAGUCCCAAGCGGAAAUCGGAAGAACCGGUUUUAGAGUUCAGGCCUCCCAGAGGAGCCAUCACGCAGCCUCUGAAAAAGCUGAAAAUCAACGUCUUUAAGGUUCACAAGUGUGCCGUGUGUGGCUUCACCACGGAGAACCUUCUGCAGUUCCACGAACACAUCCCUCAGCACAAGUCAGACGGCUCCUCCUACCAGUGCCGCGAGUGUGGCCUCUGCUACACGUCCCACGGCUCCCUGUCCAGGCACCUCUUCAUUGUCCACAAGCUGAAGGAGCCUCAGCCCGCGUCCAAGCAGAACGGGGCUGGGGAGGACAGCCUGCAAGAGAAUAAGCCCGGCCCCGAGGACGAGGCCGCCGAGGGCGCAGCGUCAGACAGGAAGUGCAAAGUGUGCGCCAAGACUUUUGAAACGGAAGCUGCCUUAAACACACACAUGCGGACACAUGGCAUGGCCUUCAUCAAGUCCAAAAGAAUGAGUUCAGCUGAGAAAUAGCCACAGGUCUUCCACAAGAGAAGCCCCAUCACAUAGGAAUUGGAAACAAGACUUUUUUGUUACCGAAAGUUUGCAGUAAAACAGAGUUAACAGUACUGUCUGGGCUGUCGCAAUAUGUCCCGUCCCUCACCUCCUCAGAUGUAUCCCUCCCCAUAAGUAUUAAGGCAGUAUUUGAGUUUUAAAGAAUUUGUAUAUAUUUAAAUAACUUUUUAUACUCUUUGUUACAUGUUUGUAUCAGUAUUUGGUGGAAAAUGUUUUGAGGUUGUUUUUUUAUUUUGGUUUGUUUUGGGUUAGAGUUUUCCUUUUUUGUAACGUUUCUUUAAAGCAGAGUUCUUAGUAACAGGGGCAGUUCCUGAAUUCAAACCAACCAUUUUGUAUGUUACAAAUUUGAAUGAGUUCAGUAAUUACAGGCUAACAUGCCUUUUUUAGUGUUUUUAAUUUUUAGAACUCACCACAUAAAUUAUAGGUGAUUGUGGGUCUCACAACACUGGCCACUCUUAAGUGUCUUAGCACCACACUCAGCGUGCCUGUUCCUAGCCACUGAGGGCUCCUAGGACAACAGCACCCAGGUGAGGGCGUGGCCUGAACCCUCCCGCACAGCAUCCAAAGCAGCCCUGCUUCCUCCAGAGUAAGUAAAAGAGGCCAGGAGUCCAGCAGGGAAUGCAAGCAUCCUUAAUCCACCUGGAGGAAUGAGGAAGAGGGGAUCCAGAGAGGGGAGAAAACAGCUGGCGAUUUUUCUGGGUGAACUUGCGAGGCUGACUCACAGAGCAUGCUGAGACAGGCUAGGAAAAGGCCAGCCUAGUGUCUAAGUUGAAGGUCGUAGUUAGACCUGUAGCUCUCCAGUCAAGUUUUGUCAUGUGACUCGCCAACUACUGCAGAGACUGGUAGUUCCAGGAUAUCAAGUACUUCUCUGGCUCUUGACAGGAUCAGAAAGGGAUGGUUGACUUAACCCUUUGCUGUCUACACAGUUGGUGUUUCCUGUUCUGGGUGCUACUGCCAAGUGUCCUGGUACUUAGAGCUGGGAUGCACAACUUUACCGCCGACCUAGCAAUGCAGCCGCCUGUCCUCUGCAAUUGGCCACAGACGAAGCCCUGAGCCACCAGGCUUCUAGAGUUUCUGCACCCUCUCCCGGCCGCCUGACUGGAGCACCGUGGAGGUGCCCUCCUGUCACUUCCCUGGACAGUUCUCUGGGAAAGCUGUAUAUUUUGGUUAUUGUUUUGUGUUUUCCGUUGCAUUUUAUAUCUUGUAUUUAUCUUCAGAUAGGUUUUGUACUUUUUGGUUUUGUUUUCCUAGGCCAAGAAAUUCAUUUGUGUAUAUAGAUACUUGCAUGCUAGACUGUAGUCAACGUUCAGUUCCUUGGAAGGUCUUGCUGCUGUUGGGUGUGCUCGCUACAUCCAUUGUGACUGUAUUCAACCCAUUUCACAUGUAAAUAAACGAGGAACAUCUGGCCCUUGAGCUUCUUCAAGAGAGUUAUUGGUGGGUCUCUGACAUCAUGAAAUUUGGGAAGUGACUCAGUCCCGGGACAGGCUACCGAGUAUUGCCGAAUUCUUUCCACUCUGAAGAAUGGCUUUCUCGUUCUCGCCAGUGGCCAGCUAGCUCCUCUGCCACGUUCUGUUGACUCCAUCGGUGCAACCCAAGGGUGUGCAAAUACUGCUCGACUUGAAGCUUCAUUGCUGUUCCUUGUCGCAUCUGUGUUGCUCCCAAUUGCGUUCCUUGGCACUUUCACGUGCUCCUGCGUUUGAACCUUGCAAUAGGCCUGCGUGGUAGCCACGCAGGUCCCGACAGCCUACAGUCGGGCAAGUACGGUUGAGGGAGCUGAGUUCAGGCUCAGCUCUUCGUCUGAGUCCUCGUAGCUGGUAAGUGGCUUUGCAUAUUAGAACCCAAAUAUUUUGCUCUCAAUCUAGUACUGGCUCUUUGUGGUUAUGUACAUAUUGACAAAUACUCAUUUAUGCAACAAAUAAAGUUAUGUGCGAAGUA